AUGCUAAGAAGUACUGCCUCUCGGCACAAUGUUUUAAGGAGGGGUUUAGCCAGCAUAAACACAGGAACUACCGUUACAUCAACCAAAGCUUCACAUAAGUUUCGCAACACUUUUUGGACUAUUACUUUGUCAGUUACAGCAUUCUACGCCGGAGGUAUUAUAUAUUCACAAAAAAAUGACAAAUUCGGAGAUUUUUUUUCCAACAGAAUUCCUUUUGCUGAGAAUUUGCUAGAAACAUAUGAACAUUAUCAUGAUAGGCCAACUUUGUUUCUGGGAGACUCCUGGGACAAAUUGAAGACAAAGGGCAAAGAACUAGUCCCUGGAUUGGCUAGUAGUCAGUCAGCCCGCAAUUCUAAAGGGAAAAACAUUGAAUUGAAAAGGAUUCUAUCGUUGAAACCACUGGACAUCGAAACGGACAAUUCUGAUCCGCAACUAAAAGAAAUCAUAAGCUCCCUGAAUGUUCUCAUCGAGAAUUUGAACGAUUCAAACCUCUCCAUUCCUGAAACAAACUUCAAUUUAAUGAAAAAGUCCAGCGAAGAAUUACUGGAGAAUAUAUCUCAAUUAAACGAAACAUUGAAAGAGGCUUUAUCCAAAUACAUGAUACAAAGAACAUCUGAUGUAAUUACAGAACUAAACACGCAAUAUGAAAAUUCAAAAAGAGAAUUUGAAAAAAACCUUCAGAAAAACCUAUUACAAGAAGUAGAGGAGUUUAAGGAAAACUUGACUAAACAAAAAGACAAAGAACUGGAAGAAAAAUUAAAGGCCAAUGAAGAAUUACUAGAGGCCAAACAUGCUAAUGAAGUAGGCUUACUCUCUAUUACUCAAGUAAAAGAAUUUAAUAAAAUUAUUAAAGACAAAAUCGAAAAGGAAAGAAAUGGUAGAUUAGCCCAUUUAGAAGAAAUAAACUCUGAAGUCACCGAUUUAAGUAAAUCUAUUGACAGAUCAAGUAAAAUUUUGAGUAAAAACGAGGCUCUUGUACAAUUGACUUUCCAAGUAGAUGAGAUCAAAUCCAGGAUCAACAAUAAUAACUUACCAAAUGUGAAUAUUGACAAGGAAGUAUCCAAAUUGAAACUUCUUUCCGGCCUUCUUUCCACUUUCAAUAAGAAAUCUUGUUGCAACGACGGCAAACGCUGUUGCUGCAAAAAAGUUAGCAAGAUCGACAACCAAGAAAAGAAAGUAUCGUGCAAAUGCGAACCAAAGAAAAACCCUCCAUCGCUGCUAAGUGUAGCUUUAGAUGAACUAGAAUCCACUUGUAGUGGCAAAAAUAUCUUAUCAAAUGAACAAAUCUAUAACAGAUGGAACUUGCUGGCUGAUGAUUUCAAGACAGCCUCUUUAUUACCACCAAAUUCUGGUAUUUUGGGGCAGCUGGGUGCAAAAUUUUUUUCCUUUUUCUUAUUCACAAAGACAGGAAAUCCCUCAGAUGCCACAGAUUUUGACUCUGUUUAUGCAAGAGUUGGCGAUAAUUUAAGAGUAUCUAAUCUCAACGAUGCUGUAGAAGAAGUUGUCUCUCUAGAAGGCUGGCCUCAUAAAGUUUGUGAAGGUUGGAUCGAAGAUGCUAGAAGAAAACUCGAAGUCCAGCGGUUGGUAGAAAUUCUUGACUGUGAAAUAAGGACAUUAUGA